CCAGGGGCUGGGACUGCCCAGGGCUUAGGCACGAGGCACCAUGCAGGCCUCCAAACCAGGACACCGGCUUGCAAAGAGUGCAAUACUAUCCUCCUCCUAUUAGCAGAUACCAUGACAGGCUAGUCUGUCUUGUUAUUACAAUAAUAAUGACCAGGCUGGCCAUCAUCAUCAUCAUCUAAUGAUGAUGGAAUCAGACUGAAGAAUAAUGUAUGGAAGUUUCUGACAUCAUGACAACCAUCAGACAGAGAAAGGGAAUAAAAGUCACAGAAGUUGCAGAAGAUCAUCUUUCACAGAAGAAAAAUGUGAAGUCUGAUGGGAGAGUUCCAUCUGGUGGAAAACUAUGGAAGAGAUUUUCGCUUAUAGUUGGUGGAAUAGUUGCCGUCUCCCUUGGGCUUCUUACUUCUGUUUAUGUUGCUACACUACAUGAGAAUGAUCUUUGGUUUUCCAAUAUUAAGGAAGUAGAACGAGAAAUUUCAUUCAGGACUGAAUGUGGACUGUAUUACUCCUACUAUAAACAGAUGCUGCAGGCUCCAUCCAUCCGACAAGGAUUACAUGACCUAAUACAUGACAAUAAAACAGAAUCUCUGAGGACAAUCAACAUACUUGAACGAAUGAAUGUUUACCAGGAGGUGGUUCUCAGCAUUCUUUAUAAGAUUCUUCCUAUUCAGCAAUACGUAGAGCCUGUUUAUUUGUAUAUCUAUACUUUGUUUGGACUUCAGGCUGUUUAUGUCAUUGCUUUGUACAUAACCAGCUGGCUUCUCAGUGGAACAUGGCUUUCAGGCUUAUUAGCAGCUUUCUGGUAUAUUAUCAACAGAAUAGAUACUACAAGAGUAGAAUUCACCAUUCCGUUAAGAGAGAAUUGGGCACUGCCAUUCUUUGCAGUUCAAAUAGCAGCAAUCACAUAUCUCCUCAGACCUCAUUUACGACCUCUUCAUGAAAGACUGACACUUCUGACGGUGUUUUUAUCAACAUUCCUCUUUAGCCUGACUUGGCAAUUUAAUCAGUUUAUGAUGCUGAUACAAGCAUUAGUAUUAUUUAUAUUGGACUCUCUUGACAUGCUUCCCACAGCAAAGGUUAUGAUGCUCUAUAUUAUACAAGUAACUGGCUUACUACUGGUCUGUAUUCUACAGUUCUUUAAUUCCAUGAUUCUUGGAUCAUUAGCGAUAAGUUUUAAUGUUUCUGUCUUGCUAGCAAGAACAAUUCAGAGAAACCUAAAAACUGGAGGCUUGUUAAAUAGGCUUGGGAAGCUUUUCCUCCAUGUACUCUUGGUAUUAUGUUUGACACUUCUUGUAAAUAACUUUAUUAAGAAAAUUCUUAAUCUUGAGUCAGAUGAACAUAUAUUUAAAUUCUUGAAAGCAAAAUUUGGAUUUGGAUCAACAAGAGAUUUUGAUGCUAACCUGUACCUCUGUGAAGAAGCUUUUGGUUUGCUGCCAUUAAAUACUUUCUCAAGACUCUCAGAUACAUUUCUUUUUUAUGCCUACAUAUUUGUCCUCUUCCCUAUUAUGAUAACAGCUGCUGUUGUUGCUUUUCAAAAUCUCAGUGGCUCAGCUAAUGUCCAGCCUAUUGAUAAAAUGGAAAAAUGCACAAUAGCUCUCAAGCCUGGAGCUGCCUACAAUUUAAUUCACACAGUCCUGUUUGGAUGCCUGGCUUUAAGCACAAUGAGAAUGAAAUAUCUUUGGACAUCUCAUAUGUGUGUAUUUGCAUCUUUUGGUUUGUGCAGUACUGAAGUUUGGGGAUUUAUCCUGAAAUCUGUUCAUCUGAACACACCACAGAGGAUAUGUGUGAUUAAAUAUUUGGUACCAAUAGCAACAUUGCUGUACCUUUCCCAUAAGUUCUGGCCAGGAAUGAUGGAUGAGCUGUCAGAGCUGAGAGAGUUCUAUGACCCAGACACAGUGGAGCUGAUGAACUGGAUUAAGUCCAACACUCCUAAGACAGCAGCAUUUGCUGGGAGCAUGCAGCUAUUAGCAGGAGUUAAAUUGUGCACUGGAAGGAUCUUAACUAAUCAUCCGCAUUAUGAGGACAAGAGUCUGCGAGAGAGAACAAAACAGGUUUAUCAGAUAUAUGCAAAGAGAUCUCCAGAGGAGGUUUACAGAACACUGAGGUCUUUUGGCACAGACUAUGUGAUCUUGGAGGACAGCAUAUGUUACGAAAGACGGCACAGCAGAGGCUGUCGGUUACGUGACCUGCUUGAUAUAGCUAACGGUCAUAUCAUGGAUGGCGUAGGAGACAAUGAACCCAAUUUGAAGCCUUCCGCAUAUCCUCGCUUUUGUGAGGAAAUUAAAAAAAACUUACCUGCAUAUACCUUAUACUUUACUCGAGUAUUCCAGAACAAAACAUUCCACGUUUACAAGCUCACUAAGCAUAAAUAGCGUGAAUUCCCAACUGUGACUCAAGUUUAAUAUUUUAAUACUCAGUCCACAAGGGGAAGUGUUGAAGACGUUUACAGAAGUGUUACAUUUUUAAAGGCAUUUUACAUUGAUUGUUCCUUGGUUAAUUACUGUGAUUCCUAGGUUAGUUUCAGACAGUUUAGUUUUGAUAACAUUCUUGACAUUGCCAAAAUUUUCAUAGAUUUUUACACUAAUGCCAGCAGGGGACCACCAUAAUUGAGUCUGAUCUCUAUACAUGUAGGCCACAGAAUUUUUCCAGAAGCUGAAUUUUAUGUUUAGCUCACUGAAAAAUAUAGACAGAACAGGUAGUUUGCCUCAGAACUGCAGAAUGAUCAAGCUGUAUAAUUCUGCUCAGGGGUUUGGAUAUUUUACUGUAAGCUGAACACGAUAAAAAUUCAGUGAAGGCCGGUACGCCUCGCUGUCUCAUUACUAAAUAUGCAUUAGCCUCAGUUGUCCGAGCUGAUACUUCAAGGUGGACCACUAUUGCUUAAGCAGAGCCUCUCUUUUUGGUUCAAUGGUGCUCUGUAUGGGAGUAAAGCUCCCAGCAUGUGCAUCUGAUUGAAAAUCAGAGCCUUUUGUAGUGAAAACACUGUGGAGAAUAAAGUAGUUUUUAUUGUUGUUUUAACACUUUACUUAUACAGAUGUGUGUUGCCUGUUUUUAUGCUGUUUUAACUUUUGAUGAUGGGUCUUUGUGUAUUUCUUGUGAGUCUCAUGCUGGAGCAUGUUGCUGUAUGUGGCACGUUGGUAAUCUCUUAAUUUAAAAUACUAAACACGAGUAAAUGAUAACAAAAAAAAUUCUCCGCUGGGAUUCUCACAACACUAUUUAUUAUCUGUACUCUGCACUAAUGAGAGAUUUUUCUCUAAGUGAAUCUCCCCCAAUAGCUGGUGCAGAAUACUGAAGUUGAACACUGCCAAUAUGAUAUGGGGAGUGUUUUGCCUCGACAGUGACAGAAGUUUGUAUGUGAACGUGCACAUGCACCUGCAUAAGCAUGUCUCGGAGCCUUGCUUUUUAGUAUUCAAGAGACACAAAACAGGUCUCUUUUCUUUAAAAAAAAAAAAAAAAAAA